AUGGGCCUGCUGGAUUUCAUCGCCUCCAUCAGAGACCGAGCCGACAAGUUUCUGAAUGAGAAAAAUGUGGUGACAGACUUUCUGGGGAAAUUGGAAGAGAAGAGUGGGAUCAGGAAGAAGAUCAUUGCAGUAGGUGCCGUCUCACUGACUGGACUCUACCUGGUGUACGGAUAUGGUGCCGCACUCCUCUGCAACCUGAUCGGUUUUGUCUAUCCAGCGUAUUAUUCAAUCAAAGCCAUUGAAAGUUUAAACAAAGAAGAUGACACCAAAUGGCUCACCUACUGGGUGGUGUAUGGCGUCUUCAGCCUGGGCGAGUUCUUCUCCGACAUUUUCCUCUACUGGUUCCCGUUCUACUACGCUUUUAAGUGUCUCUUCCUGUUGUGGUGCAUGGCCCCGAUGACGUGGAACGGCUCCCAGAUCCUCUACAACAAAGUGGUUCGUCCCGUCUUCCUCCGCCACGAGGCCACGGUGGACAACAUGGUCAGUGACCUCAGCGGGAAAGCCAUGAGCGCCGCCGAGAACCUCACCAGAGAAGUCCUGACCACUCUGGUGAAAAAUAAAAGCCUGGUGAAUCCGUUGGCAACGAUGACUCAGUCUGAACCGAGAAGUUUACCAAGUACAUCAGGAGAAACAUCAGCAGCUAGAGUAGCUCCAUCUGAACCGAGCGAAGAACGCAUAGCCUGCAGAUAG